AUUUCUCGCUUCGUUCGAAUCAGUCGUGUUUUGAUCGUCGUCGCGUUUGGUUGAGUUGUCUCCGCAAUCGAGCCGGUUGGAAGCAAGUGGUGUGGUUUUGUGGUGUUGUGCCAGACACAACACUAGAUACUAGAGAGAGGAUCACCUUUCUGUUGUGCGACGGUUAUUGCUGGCGUGUGCGUGUGCUGGCAGUGUGGUUUUACCGUUAUUGUUCUCCUGUUGGCAGACCAUCAGAAGUGCUUGGUUUCGGUGGUGGUAGUGGUGUUGGGGAUCCAUUCAUAAGAACCGAUCGUUUUGUACCAUCACCAUCCAAUGAGCAGAACUGGUCUUGCAUUGGCGACGGGGUAAACCAAAAGGCGCGCGCGUAUACGCGACGAGUGCUGGAAGCAGAUGAAGAGAUGGUUGGGAUGGAUUAUUGCUGAACAGCAGAACAUGACCUAUCAGUAACACGAACACUGGUGCAAAUUUGUGGGCUGCUGUGCUGAUGAAGAAUGUUGUGUGCACGAAGAUCAAGUUUGGUGACACGAUCAAGAAGAUAAGCGAAAUCGAUAGAAGGUGGCUUAGUUGCAUAUGAAUUAAAGAGUUAAACGAAAGUUAUGCGACACAUUCUUCAGUAAUGUGAUCGAAAACCUAACCCGAGAAGAAUUGUACGUAUUUGUGCAGCGCUGCUGACAGCUGAAGGCAUUCCUAUAAAUUUAAGGUCAGCAAAUCGAUGGGUGAAGAGAAAUAAAGAAAAAAAAAACGGCCAGAAUCCUACAGGUGUGUGUUUGGGUCGUUUCCAAUCUGUGCGUAGGUAUUUAUCGGUCGUCUGUUGUUACUGUCCGCAAAGGAAUCCACUCGGUAGUUCUGUACACAGCAGAGUCGACAACUGUAUCGUGGGAAAUGUGAAACGAAAAGUAAUAACACAAAACGAAGAAAAAUCAAGAGUUGUGGUUCGGUUCGAUGUGAAACUGCUGUGCUGUUGGUGAUCGGGGUUUCGAUCUGUGUGCACCACUCUGGAGAAGGAAAAAGAAAAGCAAAUUUAUUCCAAACAGCCCAACAUUCUCCUCGAGCGGGUCGGGUUCGCUUUAUAGCUCACAACUAUACGUACCUACUGUGCAAUUUUAGGAGCUCGCAUUGUGUGUAGUUCAAGGAGCGAGUGGAUGAAAUUUGAAGCCGCAGCCAACGUCCAACGACUACUGCAUGGACGAGUAUUACCGCGCCGCGUUGUUUAUAUUUAACAGAAGCAGUGAAAAAAAAUGAAAUAAGCUGUGUGAAUCAACGUAUCGUGUGUGGCGUUAUAGAUAUCCAGUGUUUGCGGCCGAUCCCGCCAGUUAAAAUAAAUAAAUAAAAAGUGAAAAGAUUCAAGUGUCCAGCCGGCGAAGUCUAGUAUUUGAAGAGCUAGCUGUUCGUGGAAAUAAUAAGAAAAUCCACCCGCAAACAUCACCUACCUGAGGGUACCAUUAUCUUGUUUCCUUGCUGCGAAGAUUGCUUCGAGUGUUGUAUUCUAGAGCAAUACCGGUGCUUAUACGGAGCUAACGGGUUUAAUUACAAAGUACGUGUUGCUGCAGUGCUGGGUGUAUGCAAGAAGGGCCUAACAUAUUCAAACAACAGCUAGUAAAAAAAAAAAAGAAGUGCGGGGAUCGUUUAGGGGGGCCCAGAGGCAUCGUUAUCUAUGUGCUAUCGUGUGUAGUUCGUGGUUAGAGUGAGUAAAUAUACUUACAGUUACGGAGGAUUUCCAAACAAUCCUCACUGCGCGCGCGAUAACGUGUGAUAACCAGCGAGUGUGAAUCUCCGUCACCUUCAGCGAGCGAUUGUGUGCGCGAGUGGUUGUUUUAUCAGCUGCGCUGUCCAACGACGCAGCAGCGUGGUCUUUGAUUCGCGAAGCGAGCAGUGUUCCGCGCCUUUAUCAAUUGGAAAAAGUAAGCAAACACAGGAAAAAAACUCAUCCAUAUUCGAAACGAUGAGUAAUCGGCAGCAGGAAAUGCGGGAAGCACAAUAGGUUCAUGUGAAAAUGGAAGCACAUGAACGACUUUUGCAGCGACUUGAAUUAUCAACAGCCACCUCCUCGAAGAUGGCGCGCAGCAGCGAUGACCGUUAUUCGCCGAACGGUGGCGAUCGAGAUGUUUUCUUAAAUGAACGCGAUUCAACGACUAGAAUGCCACAGCAGCGAUACGCAGCGACGAUGAUGCGUAAUGUGCAGUGCCCCAGAUCGACGACGGGACCGGCCACCAGGUCACGUCGGGUGUUAUCAGCUUGGAGGAUGCUGACGGCGACCGCGAGCGUUGUCGUGCUGCUACUGUCGCUAUCAUCGAAAACCCAUGCAGCAGAACCGCAGAUGCAAGCGCCACGCUUCACGACGCAGCCAUCCUCGUCCGGGUCGAUGGUGAACGAAGGCCGAACCAAGAUCCUCCAGUGUCAUGCUCUAGGUUAUCCACAGCCCAUGUACCGGUGGCUGAAGAACGGCAUCCCGGUGGGAGACUUCGACACCAGUCAGUACCUGAAAAUUCAAAGCACAACUCGGGAGGAUGCCGGGUCGUACCAGUGCCUGGCGAAGAACGACGCCGGGACGAUUUUCAGCGAGAAGAUCGACGUCGUGGUGGCAUACAUGGGGAUCUUCGAGGACCUCUCCGAGCAGGUCGUCUCCGUGCAGUCCGGUUAUCCGGCGAUAUUGAACCUCUCGCGGAUAGAGUCCGUUCCGGUUCCAUCGGUAACGUGGCAAACGGAGGACGGGCCACUAAACUACGACAUCAAAUACGCCACCACAGCGGGUAAUCAGCUGAUCAUCCUGAGCGUCGACGAAAACGACAUGAAAUCCUACCGGGCACGGGCCAUCAAUACCCAGAUCGGGAAGGAGGAAAUCAGUGCAUUUAUUCGGGUAAACGUGACGGGGAACUCGUACAGCGAGGUGGCGCCGGAAAUCAUCGUGGAACCGAAAAGUAUGAAGGUGGUCCGGGGCGAACAAACGGUACAGCUGGAGUGUAUUGCUAAUGCGCGGCCACUACACGAGCUAGAAACGAUAUGGUUGAAGGACGGAAUUCCGAUCGAGAAUUCUGGAAUAUCCUACGCCCAUACGGAUCCCUGGAAUCGAACGCUGGCGCUUCUGUACGUAAACUUGACGCACACCGGCCAGUACACCUGUCAGGUUCAAAUGCGUACGGGCGGAUAUCCGACUGUGCAUUCAGUGGCAACGGUGACGGUACAGGAACCUCCGUCAUUUUUCACGCCAUUUCGAACGGAGACUUUGGGUGACUACGGCUCCAAGACGGUACUGCCAUGCGACGUCAUUGGGGAACCAGUUCCUUAUGUAACGUGGUUUCGUAACGCGGAAGGUUUAGAUCUAUCGACGGAUCGUUACACGGUGCAGGACGACCAUUCCCUUGUCAUCAAGAAACUGAGCAUGGAGGACUCGGCCAUGUUCCAAUGUCUGGCCAGCAACGAAGCCGGUGAAAAGUCCAGCUACACCUGGUUGAAAGUCAAAAAUAACACCGACCGUUCAUCCACCCCAACUGUCGUGCUCAAGCACUUGAUCCUUUACAAUCAGUUCGUUCGCAACAAACGUCUCGCACAGCCACGAAUCAUUAGGGUGCGCAAUUCUGCGUCAGCAUCCGAUUCGGCAGCCGUUAGCAUCAAUAACACCUCAUCGAACAACGGCAAAUCCAGCAGCACCACCACCAACAACAACAACAACAACAACAAUGGAAAUGGUAGUCGAAGCCGCAAAAAGACUGUACCCGGCGCCACCGCUAGCACUUCGACACGUGCCGAGGAAUUUACCUUUGACAUUAGACCUUCCGUUCCGAUCAUGGAAAUGCCGCCAACGAAUCUUACCGUGCUGGAUGGUAAGGAUGCUACCAUGCACUGCCGAGCUAUAGGAGCCCCUACCCCGAACAUUACCUGGGUGUUCAACGAAUCGCAAGGUAUCGAACUUUCCGGUCGAAUACAGAUCCUCGACUCGGGCGAUCUGUUGAUUUCCAAUGUACGAGAAUCGGACGCCGGUCUGUACACGUGCAUCCGGGCUAACGAAGCCGGCAUUGUCACCGAGGAGGCCUACCUCGGUGUUAUGGUGCGAACGCAGAUCGUUCAACCCCCAGCGGAUACGACGGUCCUGUUGGGGCAUACUGCGGCACUUCAGUGCCGGGUUUCAUCCGAUCCGACCGUUCCGUUCAACAUCGAUUGGUACCGGGAGCCACAACGGCAGCCCAUCAAAAACAGCCAGAGAGUGGCCGUGAAAGCCGACGGUACGUUGGAGAUUGUCGAGGUUCGGCCAUCGGACGUCGGACAGUACAGCUGUAUUGUGACAUCCCCUGGCGGGAACGAGACUCGCUCGGCACGGCUGAGCGUGGUUGAGUUACCCUUUGCACCGACAAACGUCCAAGCCGUUCGUUUGAAUACGGCGACCCAUAGGGCGAUCAACAUUUCCUGGACUCCCGGCUUUGACGGGAAUAGUGCUGUACUGAAGUUUAUCAUCCAAAGGCGGGAAGUUCCGGAGCUAGGUCCACUGCCAGACCCGUUGCUGAACUGGGUAACGGAGCUGAGUAACGUUUCGGCCGGAUCUCGGUGGGUAUUGUUGACGAGCCUCAAGGCAGCCACGGCAUACCAGUUUCGAGUGAGCGCGGUGAACCGCGUUGGUGAAGGAUCGCCCUCGGAUCCGAGCAAUGUGAUCAAGCUGCCGCAGGAAGCUCCAUCGGGUCCACCGGUAGGAUUCGUCGGAUCAGCAAGAUCUUCAUCGGAGAUCAUAACGCAGUGGCAACCACCGAUGGAAGAACACCGGAACGGUCAAAUACUGGGGUACAUCAUUCGGUAUAGGUUGUUUGGAUACAAUGCCAGUCCUUGGAACUACCGAAACAUAACCAACGAAGCGCAGCGGAAUUACCUGAUCCAAGAGCUGAUUACCUGGAAGGACUACAUUGUUCAGAUCGCUGCUUACAACAAUAUGGGCGUCGGAGUUUACACCGAUGGAGCUAAGAUCAAAACAAAAGAAGGUGUUCCGGAAGCACCACCGACAAACGUCCGCGUCACUGCUUUAAACUCUACAGCUAUACGGGUUUGGUGGAAGCCUCCGAAUCCACAACAGAUCAACGGUAUCAACCAAGGCUACAAAAUCCAGGCUUGGAGAUACGAAAUCAUCGACGGCGAAGAGCACGAAACGGAAGCGAAAGUGCUCACUGUUCCGCCAAGUUUACUGGAUCCUUUAGCCGAGCAGGACACGGUAGUUACGGGUUUAGAUAAGUUCACUACGUACAACGUCACAGUCCUGUGUUUUACGGAUCCUGGUGACGGAGAACGUAGCUACCCCGUCGAAGUAAAGACUAUGGAAGACGUCCCAGAUGAGGUGAGUUCCCUACAGUUCGACGACGUGUCAGACCGUGAAGUAACGGUCAUGUGGACACCACCAAAGCAGAUCAACGGCAUCCUUACUGGUUACCAAGUUAAGUACCAAAUCAAAGAUCAGCCCGACACACUGAAAACCUUCAACCUGAGUGCAGAUACUAAUUCCUUGAAGAUCGUCAAUCUCAUGGCAACUACCCACUAUUGGUUCGAGGUUACGGCUUCCACCGCAGUCGGACAAGGCCUACCUCGCACAGCUACAAUCCAAUCCGGUGUUGAACCGGUACUUCCUCACCCUCCAUAUCAGCUGGCGCUCUCCAACAUCGAGGCCUUUUCCGUCGUAAUACAGUUCACCCCUGGAUUUGACGGGAACUCCUCAAUCACCAGAUGGACCGUGGAGGGGCAAACCGCCCGGAACCUAACCUGGUUCACCGUGUACGAGGUUCAUGACCCGGAUGCCUCAACGCUUACCGUAACCGGUUUGACGCCUUUCACACCCUACCGCCUGCGAAUCAUCGCUUCCAACGUUGUCGGUCCAUCGGAACCUUCCGAGCCCACCAAGGACUUCCAAACGAUCCAGGCUCGCCCGAUGCAUCCGCCUUUCAACGUGACGGUUCGCGCUAUGAGUGCCACUGAGUUGCGGGUGCGUUGGAUACCCUUGCAGCAAACCGAGUGGUUUGGGAACCCCCGAGGGUACAACAUUACCUAUCGGAACGUCAACGAGAAGGCCCGUAUUGCUCCGUUCAGUGUGAUCAUCGAAGACCCCACGGCAAACUCGCACGUUCUUGACGGUUUGGAGGAGUGGUCCGUGUACGAGAUAUUCAUGAGUGCGGUUAAUGAGGUUGGACAGUCGAACGAGAGUCCGCAUGCAUUUGAGAGGACACGGGAAGCGGUUCCUUCGUUUGGACCGUUGGGUGUGGAAGCUAAUGCUACGUCGUCGACCACAAUCGUCGUAAAGUGGACUGAGGUACCGAAGGAGCACCGAAACGGCCAAAUCGAGGGGUACAAGGUGUUUUACGGAUCCGCUGGAAGGACGCAAGUUCUGCACAAGACCAUUUCGAACAAUGCUACGUUCACCACAACGUUAACGGAGCUGAAGAAAUUUGUACAGUACGAUAUCCAGGUGCUGGCGUACACUCGGCUUGGAGAUGGAAGCUUGAGUACACCACCGGUAAGGGUUCAGACAUUCGAGGAUACCCCGGGUGCGCCUUCAAAUGUAUCGUUUCCGGAUGUUUCAUUCAGCAUGGCACGCAUUAUUUGGGACGUCCCGGAGGAGCCUAAUGGUGAGAUCUUGGCUUAUAAGGUCACUUAUCUGUUGAAUGGAUCGCAGAGUUUGAACUUCAGUCGAGAGUUUCCUCCAUCGGAUAGAACGUUCCGUGCGACACAGCUGCUUGCGGAACGUUACUACUUGUUUAGCGUGACUUCGCAGACCCGAUUGGGAUGGGGUAAAACGGCCACUGUUCUGGUUUACACCACUAAUAACCGAGAGAUUCCACAAGCACCAUCUACGCCACAGAUCUCCAGAUCCCAAGUUCAAGCUGAGCAAAUCACAUUUAGCUGGACUCCUGGACGGGACGGAUUCGCACCUCUUCGGUACUACACCGUGCAAUUCCAGGAAAAUGAAGGUCCCUGGACAGUGAUCCCGGAACGAGUAGACCCCUUCGUUACGUCUUACACAGCGUUAGGUCUUAAACCGCACACUUUGUACCAAUUCCGAAUUCAAGCAACCAAUGACAUCGGACCAUCGUCUUUCAGCAGGGAAAGCAUUGAAGUUCGAACGCUUCCGGCAGCACCAUCGGGAGGUAUCACGGGCCUGAAAGUGGUUCCGAUUACGACGACCAGCGUUCGAGUUCAGUGGAAUCCACUGAAGAAGAGCAUGUGGAACGGAGAUGCCAACACAGGCGGUUACCGAAUUCUGUAUCAGCCGAUAUCCGACUUCCCGUCUACGCUGCAAAGUACACCAAAGUUGGACGUCAUGGGAGUCGAGCACGAGUCGGCCAUCUUGAAGGAUUUGACUCAAGACCGGAACUAUGAGAUCAUCGUGCAGCCGUUCAACUCGCAAGGCUCGGGAAUCGCAACGCCUCCGGUAGCGGUCUACGUGGGCGAAGCUGUUCCAACGGGAGAACCCCGUGGAAUAGAUGGCGCUCCGGUGUCGUCCACGGAAGUUCGUCUACGGUGGAAAGCACCACAGCAGAGCAUGCAAAAUGGAGAGCUGUUGGGGUACAAGAUCUUCUAUCUGGUCACGGACUCACCUCAGGAGCUGGAGGACGGUCGGAAACACGAAGAGGAGAUCGAGGUUGUUCCUGCGUCGUACACAUCACACAGUCUGGUGUUCUUGGACAAGUACACCGAGUAUCGGAUACAGAUCCUGGCGUUCAACCCGGCAGGCGAUGGCCCCCGAUCGACUCCCAUCACGGUUAAGACCCUACAGGGUCUACCGGGACCUCCGAUUGCGUUGUCUUUCUCCGAUAUCACUAUGAACAGCCUAAAAGUCAGCUGGGAUCCGCCGAAGAAGCGAAACGGAGAGAUUUUGGGGUACAUUGUGACCUACGAGACCACCGAGGACAAUGAAAAAUUCAGCAAACAAGUCAAACAGAAGGUCUCCGGCACCAGUUUGAUCAUCCAGAACCUGGAAGAAGAGGUAACCUAUACCUUCACGGUACGUGCCCAGACCAUCGAUUACGGUCCGGCAGUGAGCGGGAACGUCACAACUGGACCCCAAGACGGUUCCCCGGUAUCGCCACGAGAUCUCCAGCUUUCCAAAUCGCAAGCCAGCGUCGAUAUGGCCUGGCUAAACGGACCAUCCGGCAAGGGACCCAUUCUGGGAUACUACAUUGAAACCAAGAAACGAGAUAUGGAGCAAUAUUACAAUCACGACACCCGAUGGGAAACGGUAGCCCGCACGACCAAUGGUCCCAUCCAGGAGUUCACCGUCAGCUUCCAGAGUUUGCUUCCGUCGACGGCCUACAAGUUCCGAGUCAUAGCCUAUAACCGGUACGGAAUCAGUUGUCCCGUCUACUCGGACGAUGCCAUCCUGACGCCGUCCAAACUGUACCUGGAGUACGGAUACCUGCAGCAGAAGCCUUUCUACCGGCAGACGUGGUUCAUGGUAGCCCUGGCGGCCACUUCCAUUAUCAUUAUUAUUAUGGUGAUUGCGGUGCUGUGCGUGAAGAGCAAGAGUUACAAGUACAAACAGGAAGCCCAGAAGACCCUAGAGGAGUCGAUGGCCAUGUCGAUCGACGAGCGGCAAGAACUGGCGUUGGAGCUGUAUCGGUCGCGGCAUGGAGUGACGAGCCAGAACGGAACGUUGAACGGAACUGGUACGUUGGGACGACGUACCGGUACGAUACUGGGUAGCAGAAAGCCACAGACUUCGGCAGCGGCGGCGGCAUCUAUGGGCAAGUCUCCGCCCAGGCCUUCGCCGGCGUCCGUCGCGUAUCACAGUGACGAGGAAAGUCUGAAGUGCUACGACGAAAAUCCGGACGACAGCAGCGUGACGGAGAAGCCGUCCGAAGUGAGCUCCAGUGAUUCGCAGGCGUCCGAGAGCGAAAACGAAAGCGUCCGGUCGGACCCGCACUCGUUCGUGAACCACUACGCGAACGUGAACGACUCGCUGCGGCAGUCCUGGAAGCGGCAGAAACCGGUGCGGAACUACUCCAGCUACACCGACUCGGAACCGGAGGGUUCGGCUGUGAUGAGCCUGAACGGCGGCCAGAUCAUCAUGAACAACAUGGCCCGGUCGCGGGCGCCCCUGCCCGGUUUCAGCUCCUUCGUAUGACCCUCGUCCUGCGAGGGAAUCAUUGACGAGCUGGACGCGAAGCUGAAGGCCCGCCGCUGCUGCAAUGGUUCCGCCGGGGGUGGGGGUGUGGUUCCGAACGGUAUUAGCGCCGGUAUCAGCGGCAGCAAGAGCGAGAACCACCUGUCCUGAUAGGAGGAGCCGAUGCGGGAGGGCGCAGCCGCGGUGGAGAUCUACGCCAGAGGUAGCUGUAGGAAACUUGUUUGUGAUACAAAAGUUUUACACUUGAGAAUUUAGGGAGUUUGAGGGACGCGCGAGAGAUUGACUGACUGACUGCGAGAUAGACGAAGUGAGUGGAACCAGUUUUGUUUUAGUUUCGAUUUUAAAUUCCGCGGGGGUAAUUGUGUGGGAGGGCGCGUGGAAUCCCUCUGAAGGGAGGGUACGCAAAAGCAUAAUCAAAAUGUGACUGAUUUUUUAUUCUUUACUGUAGAAUAUUGAAAUUUAGUUUAAAUCGAAUUGUACGGGGCACCGUUGUUGCGAUGCCAACCUAGCCGAGAAACGAUUACUUUGAAAGUCUACUUAGAAGAUUGGAUUCUUUGAGGAGAAUGAUUUAAUUGUAACAUUGAACUACGAUUACUGAUAAGAAAAAGGGAGAAAUGCUGUUUUGUACAAUACCACGCUGCAGUUUGUAGAAUUAGAUAGAUUUUAGUAAACCGAGCCAUAAGUAGGAUAUUUUGAAAAGGUGAGGUAUGUUUUGGUUCUCAAUCUACGGAUCGGAUGUUAUAGAUUCAUGCAUUUCGAUGAGAUAGCUGUUUGUUCACGAGAACAACUAAUUUGGUUUACAAGGAUGGUAUCCCGGGAACAGCUUCACCAGAAAACUCACUAACUUCAUCAGAGCAACGACUAAUGGUACCCUGCAAACUUUCAGAAAUCCGGAGAGAUUACUCUAAGGAAUCGGAUUUCACUUAGGAAUCCGGAGAGAUUCCACUUGGGAAUUCGGAGAGAUUCCACUUGGGAAACCGGAGUGAUUCCACUUGGGAAUCCGGAGAGAUUCCACUUGGGAAUCUGGAGAGAUCUCUCUAAGCAAUCCAGAGAGGUUCUUCCAGUAAUUCGGGGAUAUUUGUAGGAAUCCGAAGAGAUUCUUCUCAGGAAUCUGGAGAGAUUCCCCUUAGAAAUCUGGAGAGAUUCCCCUUAGAAAUCUGAAGAGAUUCCCUCUAGGAAUCUGACGAGACUCCGCUUAGGAAUCUGGAGAGAUUCCUCUCAGGAAUCUGGAGAGAUUUAUCUCAGGAAUCUGGAGAGAUUUAUCUCAGGAAUCUGGAGAGAUUCCUCUCAGGAAUCUGGAGAGAUUCUUCUCAGGCAUCUGGAGAGAUUGCUCUCAGGAAUCUGGAGAGAUUCCUCUCAGGAAUCUGGAGAGAUUCCUCUCAGGAAUCUGGAGAGAUUCCUCUCAGGAAUCUGGAGAGAUUCCUCUCAGGAAUCUGGAGAGAUUCCUCUCAGGAAUCUGGAGAGGUUCCUCUCAGGAAUCUGGAGAGGUUCCUCUCAGGAAUCUGGACAGGUUCCUCUCAGGAAUGCGGAGAGAUUCUUUUCAGGAAACUGGAGAGAUUCCUCUCAGGAAUCUGGAGAGAUUCCUUUCAGGAACCUGGAGAGAUUCUUCUCAGGAAUCUGGAGAGAUUCUUCUCAGGAAUCUGGAGAGAUUCCUCUCAGGAAUCUGGAGAGAUUCUUCUCAGGAAUCUGGAGAGAUUCCUCCCAGGAAUCUGGAGAGAUUUUUCUCAGGAAUCUGGAGAGAUUCUUCUCAGGAAUCUGGAGAGAUUCUUCUCAGGAAUCUGGAGAGAUUCCUUUCAAGAAUCUUUAGAGAUUCCUUUUAGGAAUCUGAAGAGAUUCCAUUCAGGAAUCUGGAGAGUUUUCUCUCAGGAAUCUGGAGAUAUUACAUUCAGGGAUCUGGAGAGAUUUCUUUCAGGAAUCUGGCGAGAUUCCUUUCAGGAAUCUGACGAGAUUCCUUUCAGGAAUCUGGAGAGAUUCCUCUCAGGAAUCUGAAGAGAUUUCUUUCAAGAAUCUGGAGAGAUUCCCUUUAGGAAUCUGGCGAGAUUCCUUUCAGGAAUUUGGAGAGAUUCCUCUCAGGAAUCUGAAGAGAUUUCUUUCAAGAAUCUGGAGAGAUUCCCUUUAGGAAUCUUGAUUGAUUCCUUUCACGAGUCUGAAGAGAUUUCUCUUAGGAAUUUGGAAAGAUUUCAUUUGGGAACUUGGAAAGAUUUCCUUCAGGAAUCCGGAGAGAUUCUUCUCAGGAAUCCGGAGAGAUUCUUCUCAGGAAUCCAGAGAGAUUCCUCUCUGGAAUCCGGCAAGAUCCCGCUCAGGAAUCCGGAGAUUCUUCUCAGGGAGAGAUUCCUUUCAGGAAUAUGGAAAGAAUCCUCUCAGAAAUCCAGAGAGAUGCCUCUCAGGAACCCUGAAUGGUUUCUGUUAGGAAUCCGGAGAGAAUCCUCAUGGGAAUCCCGAGAGAUUUUUCUUAGGUAUCCCGAGAUAUUCCUUUCAGGAAUAUGGAGAGAUUCCUCUCAGGCAUCUGGAUAGAUUCUUCUCAGGAAUCUGGAGAGAUUCCUCCCAGGAAUCCGGAGAAAUUCCUCUCAGGAAUCCGGAGAGAUUCCUCUCAAGAAUCCGCAGAGAUUUCUCUCAGGAAUCCGGAGAGAUUCCUCUCAGGAAUCCGGAGAUAUUAAACUCAGGAAUAUGGAGAGAUUCCUCUCAGGAAUCUCGAGAGAUUCCUCUCAGGAAUCUGGAGAAAUUCUUCUCAGGAAUCUGGAGAGAUUCUUCUUAGGAAUCUGGAGUUUCCUUUCAGGAAUCUGGAGAGAUUCCUUUCAGGAAUCUGGAGAGAUUCCCUUCAGGAAUCUGGAGAGAUUCCUUUCAGGAAUCUGGAGAGAUUCCUUUCAGGAAUCUGGAGAGAUUACUCUGAGGAAUCUGGAGAGAUUCCUUUCAGGAAUCUGGAGAGAUUCCUCUCAGGAAUCUGGAGAGAUUCCUUUCAGACAUCUGGAGAGAUUCCUUUCAAGAAUCUUUAGAGAUUCCUUUUAGGAAUCUGAAGAGAUUCCAUUCAGGAAUCUGGAGAGAUUCCUCUCAGGAAUCUGGAGAGUUUCCCUUCAGGGAUCUGGAGAGAUUCCUUUCAGGAGUCUGGCGAGAUUCCUUUCAAGAAUCUGGCGAGAUUCCUUUCAGGAAUCUGGAGAGAUUCCUCUCAGGAAUCUGAAGAGAUUUCUUUCAAGAAUCUGGAGAGAUUCCCUUUAGGCAUAUUGAUUGAUUCCUUUCACGAGUCUGAAGAGAUUUCUCUUAGGAAUUUGGAAAGAUUUCAUUUAGGAACUUGGAAAGAUUUCCCUCAGGAAUCCGGAGAGAUUCUUCUCAGGAAUCCGGAGAGAUUCUUCUCAGGAAUCCGGAGAGAUUCUUCUCAGGAAUCCAGACAGAUUACUCUCUGGAAUCCGGCAAGAUACCGCUCAGAAAUCCGGAGAUUCUUCUCAGGAAUCCGGAGAGAUUCCUUUCAGGAAUAAGGAAAGAAUCCUCUCAGAAAUCCAGAGAGAUGCCUCUCAGGAACCCUGAAUGGUUUCUGUUAGGAAUCCGGAGAGAAUCCUUAUGGGAAUCCCGAGAGAUUCUUCUUAGGUAUCCCGAGAUAUUCCUUUCAGGAAUAUGGAGAGAUUCCUCUCAGGAAUCUGGAUAGAUUCUUCUCAGGAAUCUGGAGAGAUUCCUCCCAGGAAUCUGGAGAGAUUCCUCUCAGAAAUCCGGAGAAAUUCCUCUCAGGAAUCCGGAGAGAUUCCUCUCAAGUAUCCGCAGAGAUUUCUCUCAGGAAUCCGGAGAGAUUCCUCUCAGGAAUCCGGAGAGAUUCCUCUCAGGAAUCCGGAAAUAUUCAACUCAGGAAUAUGGAGAGAUUCCUCUCAGGAAUCUGGAGAGAUUCCUCUCAGGAAUCUGGAGAAAUUCUUCUCAGGAAUCUGGAGAGAUUCUUCUUAGGAAUCUGGAGUUUCCUUUCAGGAAUCUGGAGAGAUUCCUUUCAGGAAUCUGGAGAGAUUCCUUCAGGAAUCUGGAGAGAUUCCUUCAGGAAUCUGGAGAGAUUCCUUUCAGUAAUCUGGAGAGAUUCCUUUCGGGAAUCUGGAGAGAUUCCUUUCUGGAAUCUGGAGAGAUUCCUUUCAGACAUCUGGAGAGAUUCCUUUCAAGAAUCUAGAGAGAUUCCUUUUAGGAAUCUGAAGAGAUUCCUCUCAGGAAUCUGGAGAGUUUCCUCUCAGGAAUCUGGAGAGAUUCCCUUCAGGGAUUUGGAGAGAUUCCUUUCAGGAGUCUGGCGAGAUUCCUUUCAAGAAUCUGGCGAGAUUCCUUUCAGGAAUCUGGAGAGAUUCCUCUCAGGAAUCUGAAGAGAUUUCUUUCAAGAAUCUGGAGAGAUUCCCUUUAGGAAUCUUGAUUGAUUCCUUUCACGAGUCUGAAGAGAUUUCUCUUAGGAAUUUGGAAAGAUUUCAUUUGGGAACUUGGAAAGAUUUCCCUCAGGAAUCCGGAGAAAUUCUUCUCAGGAAUCCGGAGAGAUUCUUCUCAGGAAUCCAGAGAGAUUCCUCUCUGGAAUCCGGCAAGAUACCGCUCAGGAAUCCGGAGAUUCUUCUCAGGAAUCCGGAGAGUUUUCUUUCAGGAAUAAGGAAAGCAUCCUCUCAGAAAUCCAGAGAGAUGCCUCUCAGGAACCCUGAAUGGUUUCUGUUAGGAAUCCGGAGAGAAUCCUCAUGGGAAUCCCGAGAGAUUCUUCUUAGGUAUCCCGAGAUAUUCCUUUCAGGAAUAUGGAGAGAUUCCUCUCAGAAAUCUGGAUAGAUUCUUCUCAGGAAUCUGGAGAGAUUCCUCCCAGGAAUCUGGAGAGAUUCCUCCCAGGAAUCUGGAGAGAUUCCUCUCAGAAAUCCGGAGAAAUUCCUCUCAGGAAUCCGGAGAAAUUCCUCUCAGGAAUCCGGAGAGAUUCCUCUCAAGAAACCGCAGAGAUUUCUCUCAGGAAUCCGGAGAGAUUCCUCUCAGGGAUCCGGAGAUAUUCAACUCAGGAAUAUGGAGAUUCCUCUCAGGAAUCUGGAGAGAUUCCUCUUAGAAAUCCGGAGAAAUUCCUCCUUUCAAGAAUCCGAAGAGAUUCCUCUCAGGAAUCCGGAGACAUUUCUUUUAGGAAUCCGGAGAGAUUCCUCUUAGGAAAUUGGAGAGAUUACUCUGAGGAAAUUGGAGUGAUUUCUCUCAGGAAUCUGGAGAGAUUCCUUUCAGAAAUCCGAAAAGAUCUCUACUAAUUUUUUGAUAGUUGAAUCAUGUUGGCAUUCCUGGCAAUUAUACGGGCUUGUUUUCGUUAUCCUUUAUGAAAUCAUGAUUAUAAACCCAAUUUAUUUGUACAGGUAAAUAGCAUUGCUAGAGCAAAAAGGUUGCCAAACAUUUAAACCUUAAGGAACGUCGAGUUUGAGCACAUUUGCGCACAAUAGUAGUUGCACUCGUACACAUUUCUGUUAGUUGUUGCUCUGUUGUCAACCGCAUUUUUAGAAUCGUUUUAAAAAUCUGCUGCUAGACAUAGGUUGAGAACCACUGCUCCUCACAUUUAGUUUACGUUAUUAAAAUUCUAGAGAAAUAUCACUGACUGGAAGGACACGAUCUAGUUCGGUGGUGCAAUAUUAUGUUGGGGCAUGAUAUAACACCCGAGCUUUUGUUGGUUGUAAAUAUCACAAGAAAUUAACCCAACAUAAAGAAAACACUAAAAAAAUAUCUACAUUUCGAUCUCAAAACCAAAACCAACGAUCAAAUGGCACAAAUAACAAACAUACACUUGAAGGACUGCCGUUUUAAUACGCGUUUUCUGAACAACAAAGUUCCAACGGUACUUACUGAAAUCCACACAGUAGGAGUUAAAUGUUCACUGCCAUCAUCAGCAUCCCGUUAAAUUCCAGUAUUUGGGAAACCAUACCGCAUAUCCUCCACGGUCACGGAACAUUAACCAAUUGGUCUCCAAAAUGCACACUGUACAUUGCCAUCAUUCCAAUGGACCUUGACCUGGAAGGAUGUGAAUUUCUUCCAAACUUGUAUUCUUUGUAGUUUUCUAUUCGGUUUCGCAAACCUGUGAGUCCAAACAUUACCUAGAAAAAAAAACUACAUUUCCAGUUGCCUUAUUAAGUAGAAAACAACACACACACGUAGACAAUUCAACAAAAAAAGCGUAUAUACCUUGAAGCCUUCUCUUUCCGUUCAUUGUUGUUCCGUGCAGAUUAGGUUUUCAAAGUAUAGAUAGGUAUUUGUGCAAAUAGAUGCAAGCAAACCAUACGUGUUGAUGUUCAUAGCACUUGCCUAAGCAGAGAAGUUUUACUGUGCGAUCACAACGAUCACGAAGAUGGCUUUCUAUUCUAGGUGUAAAAACGCCAACAACCCGUGCGCUAGUUAUGAAAACUACUUAUUACGAAACGUAAAAAAAAUACGACAAACGUGUAAAUGUUUAUCUUUGUAUAAAAUUUAUACAGUAAAUUAGUUAUUUAUGGUAUAAGACUUCUACACUAUUUUUAUAUAGUUAGCAAAAGAAACUUAAGAGAAGAAAACCCGAUCGAAUUAAUAACGAACUGCAGUAUAAAGGAAAUCAAAGAGCACAACAGAGAAACCAUAACGACACCCACAAAUUCUCAAUCAGAUGGAUUUUUUUUCAAUGGUUAAACAAACUAACAAUAUAGUUAAUCGUUUUUCUUGUCGUGGUGUAACACAUGACUGUUGGAAGCGUUAUCCGGUGUAUUACUCAAAUCUCACGCAAACAAUGAUAAGUGUAUGCUGCUACAUACUACCAUGAUGAAUAGUCAGAACAAAAUAAAAACGAUAAACAAUAGAGAAACUCAUACAUAUAUGAACUGACAAGUCGAUUUUAUCUGUAAAGAAUGUCGAUCGAAAAAUGUGUAUAAAUGAAUUGAAAACAAAAACAA